GACGUUAAGAGAACGGUUGGAAUUGUACGUAAAACUCAUAACUCGUGAUACUCGGGCUAGUUCCUGUCUGAUCAUCAGAUUGUUUUUGUUCAUUUUUUAACAACACUGCAAACCCCCAAAUACAAUUCACCAAAAUAAAUUAUGAAGUAUCAAUUACGUUUACUAUUGACGUUUAAGACUGAGGCCAGUUUCUUAUGGCAGCAGGUCUCCCGGAUGUGACGUAGCCUUCACGGUCGCGUCUCCGCCAGUGUUUUUAAAAAAGCGGCGGUUGCCCGUCGACCACUUUUCGGUGCAUAAGUAACAUUUAUUUCUUUGCUGCAGUUAUCCAGAGCAGUAUUACAACUGGGAUCCUGGUGUUUGCACCAGCAACAUGCAGCACCAGCAGUAUGCAGAGGAGCGAGGCCUUCUGGGCUCACUCUGUCCUGGGGAGAAGAAGCUGGAGGGGAAAACCUUCUACUUGGACGGUCUAAAGAAACGCUCAACAGCCCUUCUUUUGGAGGCUGUAUCUCUUCUGGGAGGGAGGGUCGAAAGUUUCCUGCACAAGGAUGUGUGCUUUAUUGUGACUGGAAGCCAAGAGGCCCCGAAGGAGCAGAAGCAUACAGAUACUAAAGCAGAGAGAAAAGGGACGAGUGAAGAGGCCAAGUGUCCCAUAAUGCAGCGAGAGAGCAUCCUCAGCAGUGACAAGCGGCGACAAGGAACUCCUCGACCAACGCCUUGUGGCAGCCGUGGGAAGGCCCUGCUGGAAAAAGCCAUUCGCAACAAUGAACGACUGCAGGGGACAAGCGUUUUGGACAAUGCACGAUCAUGGGGAGUGAAGAUUUUGUAUGUGGAUGACGUCCUUUUGUAUUUGAAACAGUUGACUCGAGAGAGCGUUUGUGGUGUACUCAAGAGGCCGGAGAAGACAUCUACCAAACAGCAAGGUUUUCAUGUUGUCAAAGCUGCAGCGCUGAGGUCCCCCUUUAUUAAAAUUGAAGACAUAAGCAGGAAAUACAAGCCCUUGCAUUUGCAAUCUAUGGUCUUCCCCACUCUGUGGUACUCGGGCCGAUUUAGUCCCUUUGAAUCUCCACCUCCUCUGUUUGAAAAGCAAGACAAGAGUAAAAUAAGGGAGAAGAAAAAAAUUGAAAGCAGCCCUAAGGACAAAUCUCAAACCACACUCUGCUGUACCCCUUCACCUUUGAGGCCACGCAAAAAAGACGUGUCUUUCUGCGAAUGCUGCCAUCAACCCUUCACCAGUCUGGAGGAGCACUUGCAGUCUGAUCAGCACCGGGCUUUUGUCCUGGACGCCUCGAACUACAGCGUGCUGGACGAACUGGUGGCCGGGAUGCUUCCGGGGUUUGCCCCCCAAUCGGCUCAACCAACGGAUGACACACCGGAGCGACCCCUGACUCCUUUGCCCGUCUGUGAACUGGAGCCUCUCACUGAUGCCGAGGCAGAGCACGCUGUUCGGGCUUUGCGGGGCCGAGGUUCAUCGCUUCAGGGUCACCUCUCCAGUCCUGCGAGGGGUCCUCGCUCAUCUCCGGGGGUUCAUUUUCCCAUCCCAGAUUCGCCACUCACUCAACCUGCUGACCUCCAGCCUUUCAGUGACAUCCAUCCCCGCACCUCAAGUCCAGUCAUGCCCGUUCUGCAGAUUGAACCCCAAGCGCACAACUCGGCUAGCGUCUGCCCAUCUCCUGACCCUUACUCCCUGCCGCCUGUCCUCAGCCCACAGGUCCCUUGUGGCUCCAACAUUACGGAGUCGCACUGCCCGUACUCCGAGCCGCCCGUCCUCAGUCCCCAACAGUACACUGCAGAGGAGGCUGUGGAAAUACACACUUGUGAAAUGGACCACGGAGAAAGCGUGUCUAUGUAUGUCCCCGAUCCUUUCUCCACAGCACACAUUUCCGUGGCUUUGGCAUAUUCAGAAGGAGUACAGGGAUCAAACCAAGGAAGUAUAUUGGGAUUGAGUGAGAACAUACGUUCCCCCGGUGGUUUGGCGUGUGCUACGAAGUUGCCACGAAGAUCUCGGUCCCUCCCCCGACAGAUGGCGACGACGCCAAACCCCAGAAAGCGCUGCAGGUCAGCCAGUCCGCAGCAAAGCCGCAGCAAAAGGAGGAGGUUUACAGCGGAAUGUGGCUACACGGGCAGCUGGGUUGAACAAGUCGAACCAGAAAGUGACAUAGCGAAACACAAGGACUGUUUAUUAUUUGACAAAGUGUCCUGUCAGAUAAGACAGUCCAGUCCUAAACCAGAGGUCUCCUCCACGUGCACUGUGAAAACACUUGAGUCCAAACCGACCGUUACCAUGUUUUUCGUUCCUACAGAACAGAAUUUCACUGAGGCGUCGACAGGCCUUUUGGGUCUCGCUAGGACUUCAGGCGCCGAUCUUCCAUCAAAGCCACUGUCCUCGCAAGCAAAGACUUCUCUUUGCUUCCCUGGGGACAAUUCUCAGAGUGCGUUUUCAAGUCUAUCGCACUCCACCUCAGUGUGCAUCGAGUCGGCCCUCAUCCCGGACUUGGGCUCGCUCCCCUUGUCGUCGUCGGACUCCGAAUGGGACUGCGGCCUGCUCUCCCGCCUCGGGCCUUCCCGGGGGGCGACGGCAGAGGCCCCCGAGCAGCGGCGGGAGCUCAGCGAGGAUCUCCUCCACAGGCCGUGCGGCUGGAUGCGCGACGCCAGCUACGAGUCGCGGCUGCACACGGUCCUUCAGCCGUCGCCCCCGGCAACCUCGCUGUGUGGGGAGAAAGGCGACCCUUCCGCGUUUUCCAGGACUGUCGUGCAAAUCGUCGAGGUUCAGCACUGAUGGUCAUUGCCUCGGGGGGGGGGGGGGGGGUUAAAAGAACCGCUAAGCUGCGCAAGGGCAGCGGGAGACGUGCGUUUUUCCCGCUGCAGCGGCAUAUCCGGCAGGGAGGAAACGAUCAAUAUGAGUCAAUGAAGUGUACACUGAAUAAAUAUUUAAAUCUUAGUGCCAACUAAACUGUUACAUUUAGCUGUUUUUGUCCCAAGAGCGUCCGUUGUGGUUCUCCGCUCAGGCCUCAAUCCUGCAAAGAAUCAGUAUGAUGUUUUGCUGACUGAAGUCUUUUAGCAGAUAUGUCAGGGAUCAUAGAGGGUUGUAAAGAAUUCCAUGAGGCUUUUCUGAAAGGUCCAUAUGCAAUUACCGUGAGUGCCGUGUCUGGAUCAGAGCCCACUUGCGCUGGCGUUGAUGAGGCGUUCGUAGAGUGGAGGACUUGCACUCCCCGCGUCACACAAAUAUCUGAUUAAUGUAGAAUUGCCUUUCCCAGCUUUUGAAGGUCAGCCAAAAGAUGUGUUUUGUCAAGGGGAGGUGUGUGUGUGUGCGCGCUACGUGCAGGUUAAUUGUCUGAAGUGUUAAGGCAGCUGCCGUUAAAGACUUGUCAUUGCUCAUUAUAAUGGACAAAAAACUAAACAUCUCAUGUUUUCCACAAUCUGAAUAUCUUCCAUGGAAGUUACAAACAAACAAACAUCGUAUAUAAAUCUUUGUAAUAAGCAAGGAGACACAGUAUUUCAGUAAGUGGAAGGGGGAGCGGUUCUCUUUGCAAGCAUGUAAAUUGAGUUCUUGUACAGUGUUUAAAAAUAAAUGCUUUUAAACAACAUUUCCUUCUGCACAGUUAUGAAAGAAAAGCUUCUUGCUCAAAGCAUUGUUGAGAACGUUGUGGGUUUGCUGGUUGAGUUCUCCUCCGCGGCCUAAUAAGUGCUGACUCUGCUUGUCGGCUAAAAGCGAGCCGACAGGGAAGGAUGAGGCGAGGACGGCUGGGUCGAUGUGUCCUGCUGGGCUCAUCCGAUCUGCCCAACUUGCAGCUGACGCAAACAAUAUUUAAUCUCAUCACACGACUAUCCAGACUCCUUGGCAUGAAAGGAGCUGCGUGUGAGUGACCCUGGAGAAAAAACUCUUUGAUUUAAGACAAUGUUUGGCUUACGAUACGAAUGUGGUGUUUAGUGAGAUGUAAGUUCUACCUGGGAGUUCAGGGUUCAAGUGAGCUUCAAAGCUCAUAAAAUACCAAAUCUUCUCAUCAAAGCAAGUUGUAUUCAUUUAGAAUCUCAAUAAUUGUAUUUAAAAUAGUAUUGCACUGAAUGUGUUUGUUACAUUCAACACUAAACUGCUUUAUUGGGACUGUGGGUCCGGUUUUGAUGAACUG